AUGACUCUGUCGGGCAACCUGAGCGCUAACGACAUGUCCGGCCAGACGGUGCUGACGGCGGAAGAUGUAGACAUCGAUGUGGUGGGCGAGGGGGACGACUGCCUGGAGGACAGUAGCAGCAGUAGCGGCGGCGGCGGCGGGAGCCCCGUCGAGGAGAAGGGAAGCGAGGAGGGCUCGGCGCCGGGCGCGCCGUCCGGGGCGGCGGCGGCGGCGGCGGGCGCUGCGGCUGCUGCCUCCAGCGGCGGGAAGCCCAAGAGCAGCCUGGUGAAGCCGCCGUACUCGUACAUCGCGCUGAUCACCAUGGCCAUCCUGCAGAGCCCGCAGAAGAAGCUGACGCUGAGCGGCAUCUGCGAGUUCAUCAGCAACCGCUUCCCUUACUACCGGGAGAAGUUCCCGGCCUGGCAGAACUCCAUCCGGCACAACCUCUCGCUCAACGACUGCUUCGUCAAGAUCCCCCGCGAGCCGGGCAACCCGGGCAAGGGCAACUACUGGACGCUGGACCCGCAGUCCGAGGACAUGUUCGACAACGGCUCCUUCCUGCGGCGCCGCAAGCGCUUCAAGCGGCACCAGCAGGAGCAGUUGCGCGAGCAGACGGCGCUCAUGAUGCACAGCUUCGGCGCCUACAGCCUGGCCGCCGCCGCUGCCGCCGCCGCCGCCUCUUCCUCGGGCCCCUACGGCCGAGCCUACGGCCUGCCCCACGGCGCCUACCCGCACCCGGCCGCCUUGCAGUACCCCUACAUCCCGCCCGUCGGACCCAUGCUGCCGCCCGCCGUGCCCCUCCUGCCCUCGGGCGAGCUGAGCCGGAAAGCCUUCAACGCCCAGCUCAGCCCCAGCCUCCAGUUGCAGCUCAGCAGCCUCGGCGCGGUGGCCGGGGCCGGCGCUGCGGCUGGCGGGGUCAAAGCCGAGCCCAGCGGCCGGCCUUCCUUCAGCAUCGAGAAUAUCAUCGGGGCGGGCGGCGGGGGCGGCGGGCCGGCCUCCAGCUCUUCCUCGGCCGUCAGCGCCCAGACGUUCCUCCGGCCGCCCGUCACCGCUCAGUCGGGCUUGCUGGGCCACCAGCCGCUGGCGCUGGCCAGGACCACGGCGGCCAUCGCGCCCAUCCUCAGCGUGCCUACAAACAUUCUCUCCGGACAGUUCCUGCAGCCCGCCGCCUCGGCCGGCGCGGUCCAGGCCAAGUGGCCGGCGCAGUAG